UGAAAAGAAGAAAUGCCCUUCCCGCGCUGCCUCCAUUUUGCAUGUCGGUAGAGGCCAGUGGUCCAGGAGAAGCCGUUCGCCAUGAGUGGCCGGUGCCCACGCGUCAUGCAAAAGUGAAGGCCGGCCGGACGUGGUGAAGUGGCAUCUCCUGUGCAAGCCAGCGCUGCACAACUUGGAAAAAGAGGAUAGCUUUCAAGAUCUUGAGAUCGCUUGAGCCCUCUCGCGUCCUCCAUGUCAGCUCUCGCAUUUCCUGGUCCGCAUUGGCAGGCCCCCUCGUCGGAUCCAGCACACGCGGCGGACCAGAGCGUGCUUCCCUCGUUCAGCAGCUUGGAGGAGCUCAACCAUGCCUGGCAGCUGGAUGGGAGCAGGGCUCAAGGCGUGGGCAGCAUGAACCUUGGGGACCAGCUCCCUGAAAACGAUUGGAACGGUGCAUCAGAGGGGGCUGGCUUACACAGCGUGCGCAUAGACAGGCAAGUGAGCCUGGGCACUGCGCUGCAGCAGGCAAUAGCGGGGUCGUCAUCAGCCAACAAGCCCAAGACAAUUGAGGAGACGUGGCGGGAGAUCCAGCAGCAUGCACUGCCAGCCAGCCAAGCCGCCAGCAACCCCAACAAUUCUGUCAAAGUAGAAGGCAACGCAAAUAACACUUUUCCUCAAGGGGGGGGGUGGAGGGGGGGGGUGAACGCACCUCCGUACGGAGCGGCUGCAUACCCAGGGGUCCCUCCCAUGGGGGUUGCGCCUGCGGGGUUGAACACAGGGCUGUUAGAGGAGAUCCUGCGCAAUCAGAGGAUGGCGGCAUUUGCAGCGGCAGCAGCUGUCAAUGCAAGCCAGGCGGGGCAAAGGCAAAGCACCAGCGAGCAAGCCUAUGAGGGCGUUCCGCAGAGGAACACUCAUGCGGGUGCGGGGAUGAACAUGCCAGGGGCGUUCCUGCCUGCACCACAGGGGUAUGCCGGUGAGGCGAAUGGGGUUCAGUCAGAUUUGAGGAACUUCCAGUUGCCAAGUGCAUAUGGCAAUCCAGCUUCAGGUCAGCCACGGCAGCAUCAGCAGCAACAGAGCCCCAGGUCAGGUGACAAUGCACAAAAUCCCAUUCUGGUCCCUCAGCAGGGGCCAAUGGGAAUCCUUGCUUUUCCUGGUGCGGGAAACCGGGGAGGUCCAAAUGGUCAGGGCGCGCUGGUCAUGCCAAAGAAUGAUCCAGAUGCUGAAGAGGACGACGACUCAAGCCCCAGGGGCCGGGGGAGAAAGCGGGUGAGGGUUGAGAAGGAGAAGGAUGCAAAGAUAGAGAAGAGGACGCUGCGCAUGAUCAAGAAUAGGGAGAGCGCUGCGCGGUCGCGGCUGCGGAAGCAGGCGUAUACGCAGAGCUUGGAGGCAGAGAUCAACGAACUGAAAGAAGAGAACGACCGGCUCAGGAGGCAGAAGGAGGCAAUGGGGGUGAAUAAGCAGUCUCCAGAGGCCAAGGUCUCGACCAUGAAUAGGCUGAGACGAACUAGGACAGGACCGUGGUAGCUGUGCAUAAUCCUGGAGCAAACUGUAACAUAUGGGUAGGGGGAGCACCAGCAGGGGUUUUGAGCCUCUCGCCCUUGUGUGGUAAACAGCCGGCUUACUAUUGGUGUAUCUUCCUCAGCAGUGAUUUUGACAAAAGCUAGUGUGGGGAUACUAUGACGGAUUUGGUUAGUCUGCAGCAGAGGGAAACUGGCUUUUGUGACUCUUUGCAAAGGGAUUGAAUCACAGCUUUAUGUGGAGGUGAUCAAACUCGGAAAGAACCACCGAGUAAGAGCUAGUGCACGCGGGCUAUAGCAGUCACCAGGAGUUGAAUGAAGUUUUAAACGUUCAGACCCAGUAUCAUUGGGUUUAAUCUGCAAGGAUUAACUUUUCCAUGUAGGUAGAGGGAUCUGCCAGUCAUUGAAUGUGCGCACGCGUAGGUAAAAAAAUUGAACUUCAGUCCUAAUCUUUAAAAGAAACGGAGACACUGUUUCUAAUAAUCCGGUCUUAGCCUUCCAAUCAAAGAAUGCGUUGAACGUAACACAUAGUUUUUCACGCUCACAUUGGGUGAUUCAUCCUGAC